GCACCAAAUCCCUCUCUCUCUCUCUCGCCUCUCUUUCUGUUCGCUUCUUCCUCGCCGCCGUGAUUCUUUCCUCACUCCCCACCCCAGCCGCUCCGCGCUUGCUCACUACUGAUCCCACGGGGAAGGCCCGGCAGCCAAUCUCCGCCUCCAGCGUCGUCGAGCCUCGCGCCUACCCUUCUCCCUCCCCCUCCCGAGCCCACAGCCGCGGCAGCAGCAGGGGCGGCGAGAGGAGGAGGAGGCGAAGGCCCGAGAGGAAGCAAUGGAGUACAGAAGAGUGAAGGAUCAGGAGGGCUACGAUGCCAUAUCUCAGAAGGACAUAGAAAGCCCUGCUGGGAGGUCUCUUUCUAGCACUGCAGCCACUUCCCCCCUUGUCACCGCAGGAGGUACGAAGGGCAAGCAUAGUUGGAAGCAGAAGUCUAUUGUAACAAUUGCAUUGACAUUACUAACAAGUUCCCAGGCAAUACUGAUUGUGUGGUCGAAAAGAGCUGGAAAGUAUGAAUAUAGUGUCACAACAGCAAACUUUUCGGUGGAAGCUUUAAAAUGUCUAUUAUCACUUCUAGCCCUGUACAGAACAUGGAACAGUCAAGGUGUUACAGAAGAUAAUAGGUUAAGUACAUCAUUUGAUGAAGUUAGUGUUUAUCCUAUCCCCGCCGUACUUUACAUGGUAAAGAAUCUAUUGCAGUAUUACAUCUUCGCCUAUGUGGACGCACCAGCUUACCAGAUCCUGAAGAACCUGAAUAUUAUCAGCACUGGUGUCUUAUACCGUAUCAUUCUAAAGAAGAAAUUAAGUGAAAUUCAGUGGGCUGCAUUUAUUCUCUUAUGUGCUGGCUGCACUACGGCUCAGCUAAACCCCUCAUCAGACCAUGUUCUUCAAACCCCAAUUCAAGGUUGGAUGAUGGCCAUUGUGAUGGCUCUUCUAAGUGGUUUUGCUGGGGUAUACACAGAAGCUAUAAUAAAAAAACGUCCUUCAAGAAACAUCAAUGUACAGAAUUUUUGGCUGUACAUUUUUGGAAUGCUCUUCAACUUAGUUGCCAUUUGUGUUCAGGACUUCGAUGCUGUCAUGAACAAAGGCUUUUUUCAUGGCUACUCAUUUAUUACACUUCUGAUGAUUCUUAACCAUGCACUCAGUGGCAUUGCUGUAUCAAUGGUGAUGAAGUAUGCUGACAAUAUUGUCAAGGUGUAUUCAACUUCGGUCGCAAUGCUUCUGACGGCAAUUGUAUCUGUCUUCUUGUUCGGCUUCAAUCUAUCCCUUGCAUUCUUCCUUGGAUCCACGGUCGUUUCUAUCUCGGUGUAUCUGCAUUCUGUCGGGAAGCCACAGCAGCAGAAAUGAGUUCCGCCCCCAUCAGAAAUGAGUUGGCGAACGCCUCGAUUCCAUAUUGCGGAACGGGUUACCCAGUGACAUAUUCAGCUUCACCGCCCAUUUAAACUGCUUCUGUGGUUGCGUCCCUGGUUCAGUUUUGGUUCUUGAUCAGGGUGGAUGACGCUAGUUUCUUGUCUAGGUAGGUUAGCGAGAAUGUGAGAUGCUGGCUAUUUUCUUCAUGCCGUCCUUUUGAACACUUUUAGCCAUAUUAAUUAUCAUUGUAGGCACUGAGAACUUGCCCAGAUGUCCAUAUCCGUAUUAAAGAUCUGAAAUAUACUUUAUGUCGGCAAA